AUGAGCCCCGACAAGCCAUUUCGAAUCAUGGGCGAUGUCGGGGAGCUGCACAUCCUGCCGCCAAAGUACGCCUACGAGGUUCGCAAUAAUGAAAAGCUCAGCUUCACCAUGGCAGCUUUCAAGUGGUUUUAUGCUCAUCUUCCUGGGUUUGAGGGCUUCAGAGAGGGUACCAACGAGAGUCACAUCAUGAAGCUGGUUGCGCGACAUCAAUUGACUCAUCAGUUGACUCUGGUGACGGGAGCAGUCUCUGAAGAGUGCGCCUUGGUGUUGAAAGAUGUGUACACAGAUAGUCCAGAAUGGCACGACAUCACCGCCAAAGACGCAAACAUGAAACUCAUGGCCCGCAUCACCUCUCGAGUAUUCCUCGGUAAGGAGAUGUGUCGAAACCCCCAGUGGCUUAGAAUUACAUCUACCUACGCCGUCAUCGCCUUCCGUGCAGUAGAAGAACUGCGUCUCUGGCCAUCGUGGCUCCGGCCUGUAGUCCAGUGGUUCAUGCCGCACUGCACACAGUCCCGAGCCCUAGUCCAAGAAGCAAGAGACCUUAUCAACCCGCUUCUUGAGCGGCGACGCGAAGAGAAAGCUGAGGCUGAGAGAACUGGAGAGAAGGUCACCUACAACGAUGCUGUUGAGUGGUUGGAUGACCUUGCGCGUGAAAAGGGUGUUGGAUAUGACCCCGCUUGUGCUCAGCUCUCGCUCUCAGUGGCUGCUUUACAUAGUACUACUGAUUUCUUUACCCAGGUCAUGUUUGACAUUGCGCAGAAUCCGGAGCUUAUCGAGCCUUUGCGCGAGGAGAUCAUAGCUGUUUUGGGGAAGCAGGGAUGGUCAAAGAACUCGCUGUACAACCUGAAGCUCAUGGACAGCGUCCUGAAAGAGAGUCAACGACUGAAGCCCAUAGCCAUUGCAAGCAUGCGCCGAUUCACAACGCACAACGUCAAGUUAUCCGAUGGCGUCAUCCUACCCAAGAACAAACUCACGCUUGUAUCAGCCCAUCAACACUGGGAUCCAGAGUACUACAAGGAUCCCCUGAAGUUCGAUGGAUACCGUUUCUUCAACAUGCGGCGCGAGCCAGGCAAAGAGAGCAAAGCACAGCUCGUGAGUGCCACUCCGGAUCACAUGGGCUUCGGGUACGGGCUUCAUGCCUGUCCUGGACGGUUCUUUGCGUCUGAGGAGAUCAAGAUUGCACUGUCUCACAUUCUGCUCAAGUACGACUUCAAGCCUGUUGAGGGGUCGAGCAUGGAGCCGAGGAAGUAUGGCCUCAACAUGAAUGCCAACCCAACUGCAAAGUUAUCUGUUCGUCGCAGAAAGGAGGAGAUUGCGAUUUGA